CAUCACUUAUCGCAACAGCUGUUCGUAGACACACGUUGCCGGGGCUGACGAAAUUUGUGCGAAUGAUUUCAGCGAAAUUCCCGCUUUCCCCGUUUCUUAGUAACCCGCGAUUACAGACUCCGAAGACAUACGAAUGUAUUUAGUGAAAUCAGCCGGGUCGCCGAUCUUAAGAACCUUGCGAACGCUCACAACUUGUAAUUUGAUGUCGGCCACGAUUGCCUCGGCCAAGGAUCCCUUAACAGGACCACGCUAUGAGCGGGAACCCAAUGUGCUUAGGAAAAAGCUUGCAUCCGUGGUGCCGGGAACAGUGAAUUUGCAGGUUCUGGGCUCUGGCGCCAAUGGAGCCCCUGCCGCUGUUUAUUUGUUUACAGACCAAGCACGCUAUCUCUUUAACUGUGGCGAGGGAACCCAGAGGCUAGCUCACGAGCACAAAACCCGACUUUCACGCCUGGAACAGAUUUUCCUCACACAAAAUACUUGGGCAACCUGCGGUGGGUUACCAGGUCUGACUCUGACCAUCCAAGAUGCCGGAGUGCGGGACAUUGGACUCCAUGGACCGCCUCAUCUCGGUUCUAUGCUGCAGUCAAUGCGACGUUUCGUGGUGCUAAAGAAUCUCCAGGUGCGGCCAAACGAUUGCUCUGAGGGCGCAUGCUUCGAGGAUUCCAUCUUGAAGGUGGACUCUCUGCCCCUGAACAGUUUGGAAGAUCCGACGAAAAGUGUGAUAAACUACAUUUGUCAACUGAAACCGCGAGCUGGCGCUCUGAACCUGGUCAAGUGCGUGGAGCAGGGUGUGCCGCCAGGCCCUCUUCUGGGACAGCUAAAAAAUGGCAAGGAUAUCACACUGCCUGAUGGGAAAGUGGUGCGAUCAGCAGACGUCACCGAGGCCAGUGAAACUGCAUUGUCCUUUGUUUUCCUGGAUGUGCCCAGUAUGAACUAUUUACCAGGACUUCUUACACACGGCAAAAGGCUCAAAAAGUUGGGCGAGGAGAAGUUAACCGAAGUGGCCGUUGUGGUGCACUUCACGCCUUAUCAUAUGUCCUCUCGCCAGGAGUACAAGGAUUUCGUAGGGGACAAUUUUUCAGCGGAAACCCAGCACAUAUAUUUAAGUUCUCCACUAAACCAAUUCUCCGGCUAUGCAGCCGCCCAUCGAAUCCAACACCAACUGCAUCAACUAGCACCGCAAGUGUUUCCACUCCUUGGCGAGCAGCUGUCCUGCCAGAGUCAGACUCUCAGUCUUAACCUUAAGAAAACAAAGUUGGACGAGGACGAUUCGAAGGACAAAACUAAUGAAAAUGCUAACGAGGCAGAGGAACAGGGUGUAGUCGCCAUGACAAGCUUUCACCUGAGACCGAGAAAGGGUCUGGAUCGCACCCUUGAGUCCAAGCUCACACCAGAGGAGUACGUUAAGGAGACCCAUAACGUACCUGGAUUUAUGGAACUAUUGACCAAAUUUAAAGAAGAGUAUAGUUUCCCUGACAAUACUGCCGAUAGCUACCCUAAAAUCAUUUUCCUGGGCACAGGCUCCUGCAUUCCCAAUAAGACGCGCAACGUAAGCUCUAUUCUGAUUAGGACUGCAAUUGAUGCCUACGUGCUGUUGGAUUGUGGAGAAGGAACUUAUGGCCAGAUUGUGCGGCUCUAUGGACGCGAGAAGGGGCAGCUAAUUCUUCGCCAGCUGCAGGCGAUUUAUGUAUCACAUUUGCAUGCCGACCAUCACAUUGGAUUGAUUGGUCUGCUCCGGGAAAGGAGGCAAUUAGAACCAAGGGCAGACCCACUGAUUUUGCUGGCUCCUCGCCAAAUUGAGCCAUGGCUGGAGUUCUACAAUCGGGAAAUAGAAACCGUGGAAGAUGCGUAUACUCUAGUGGCCAACGGCGAACUGCUAGCUAGUCCCCUAAGCGGUGAACAAGUUAAACCUCUAGGAAUUACGUCCAUAUCCACCUGCCUAGUAAGGCACUGUCCAAACUCUUUCGGAAUCAGCCUCACUCUGGCAGCAAAGCCCAAUAGCGAACCCGUCAAGAUCACUUACAGCGGCGACACAAUGCCAUGCCAGGAUUUAAUCGAUCUGGGCCGCGACUCCACCGUUCUUAUUCACGAGGCAACAAUGGAGGACGACCUGGAGGAGGAGGCGCGGUUGAAGACGCACAGCACCGUGUCGCAGGCUAUUCAGCAGGGUCGGAAUAUGAACGCUCGCCACACUAUUCUCACUCACUUUUCACAGCGUUACGCAAAGUGCCCGCGAUUACCGAGUGAUGAGGAUAUGCAACGAGUGGCAAUAGCGUUUGAUAAUAUGGAAGUUACUAUUGAGGAUCUGCAGCACUACCACAAGCUCUACCCCGCUCUUUUCGCGAUGUACGCUGAGUACACGGAAGAACUGGAGCAGCGGGCUGUCAAGCGGGAGCUGAAACAGGAGCGAAAGCGUAAACUGGCAGAAACGUGAGAGCCGGAAAGUUAAUCGGAUGAUCAGGAUAAGUUAUUCAAGGAGCUACUGUUAAUAUAAUAUCAGAGAUGAGUGGUAUUUGUUAAGUUUAAAUGUUAUUUCUUGAAAUCAUAAAACUUACCCCAAAUACCAAUUGGAAAUAUAUUGAUUUUAUAUAUGCAAUUCAUA